AUGUCGGCGGUUUCCGGGAAGAUGGCGGCGUGGAGGGCUGUGCUGGUGGCGGGCGUCCGCGCUCUGCUGAGGGGACGGCUGCUCGGGCCGCGGCCCGCCCGGAGUCAGCGGCGCCCGCCCGGCUGGAGGGUGGCCGCUGCUGCCGCCCUGCUCGGGGGAGGCUCGGUGGCGGCGUGCUACGGCGGCUGGGGGUGGCCGGGGUCGGGCGCGUUCCUCACCGUCCUGGCUCAGAAGGAAGAUGUUGCAAAUGCAGAAAUGGCUGAAAGACUGUCUCUUCGGAAGAAUCGCUUUAUGCAUUUUGCAUCACUGGAGUAUGAAGGAGAAUAUUACAUGACACCACGAGAUUUCUUGUUUUCAGUAAUGUUUGAUCAAGUGGAACGUAAAAGCUCGGCCAAGAAACUGACAAAAAAGGAGGUGGACGCUGCGCUGCUAUGUGUUACAAAAGCUAAACCAGGACCGACCUUUUUUAGAGAGCUUGGUGAUAAAGGGCUGAUAUCUUAUGCAGAGUACCUAUUUUUGCUGACGAUCCUUACAAAGCCCCAGACUGGAUUUCAGAUUGCUUUUAAAAUGUUAGAUACGGAUGGCAAUGAACAAGUUGAAAAGAAAGAAUUUUUUAAGAUGCAGAGAAUCAUUGGAAAGGAAGAUGAUUUGAAAGCAGCUGGAGAUGAAACCAUAUUUCAGGAAGCAGAAUUGGAAAGUUGUGAUGUUAAUACCAUGCUCCUGGUACAUUUCUUUGGAAAAGAAGGAAAGGAAAAACUUCGCUAUUCUGAGUUUUUCAGGUUCAUGGAAAAUCUGCAAACAGAAGUGCAAGAAAUGGAAUUCAUACAGUUUUCCAAGGGCUUGAACGUCAUGAGAAAAGAGGACUUUGCAGAAUGGCUGCUGUAUUUCACUGAUGAGGAAAACAACGAAAUUUACUGGCAAAACGUGAAAGACAGAUUUGAGGCAGGAGAGAAUAUCAGUUUGGAAGAAUUCAAGACUUUCUGCAAGUUUACAAACAACCUGGAAGACUUUUCUAUUGCCAUGCAGAUGUUCACUGUAGCUAAUCGUCCUGUUAAACGAGCUGAGUUCAAGAGAGCAGUGAAGGUGGCAACAGGACAGGAGCUCUCAGAUAAUGUUCUGGAUACCAUCUUCAAGAUUUUUGAUCUAGAUGGAGAUGACUGCCUCAGCCACAGCGAGUUCCUCGGAGUCUUGAAGAAGCGAAUUCAUCGAGGUUUGAGGGUACCACAACAGCAAGGCAUUCAAGGGUACUGGAAGUGUGUGAAAAGAGAAAGCAUUAAAGGAGCAAAAGAAUUGUGGAAGCAAAGUGGGAAAAGUCCUUUUUAAAAGUGUCCAUUAUUGUUGGUUUGCUGUAAACAUUAUGUAGGGUUUUGUGUCUGUCCUGUUUACAUAAUAGCUGAAUCAAAAAUAUUCUUUUUUACUUAAUUAAACCAAUAUCUAAUGCAAAAAAAAAAAUUAUAUUGUUCUAGUGCAAUCAGUUUGGUUUACAGAAUUGUUAUUACAUUUGACCUCCCUACAGAAAUACUCUUGUUCUAGGGACUAAUGCUAUUUAUUUCUUUGUGGAGUCUGACUCUGCACUGUGACCUUUGGGAUGCAUAGGAUUUAAUAGUGGCCACUGGUUGGAACAUCCCAACAAUGUCAUCUCCUGUUGGAAGAGUGGUCAUCAUCUCAGCCAGCCACUAAAACUGCAGUUCUCUUUCCCCGCCAAAGACAGAGGUCCAAAAGGGGAAACCACUUGCACAAUCCAUGCAAUUCAAGCUACCUACAUCGAAAACAAAAUCUCACGUUGCUGUGCCCCCAUUACUGUGAGCUGCUUGUUGCUAGUUCCUGGCAGAUGGUUCCACCAGGUCCAGUGUGGAUGUCUGGUUUGUCUGCCUUUGUGAUAAUAGCUUUAAACUGGAAAUAUAAGACUGAUGAUACAGGCUUUAAAAGUUACAUGUUGAUAUAUGAAUGUGCAUUGAGACUCUCAGACCUCUUCAACAAACAAUAUAAACAAGAAGGAAAAAUCCUCAUCCUCAUUCUAUCAUGAGCAGUGAUUACACCUUGAAUUGUAACUAUUUUGCUUAAUUGUAAUUCAGAAGGUAAAUGUCUAACAAAUAUUUACUUUGUAUUAGUAAAGAUUAUGACAGGGAAUGCUGCAGUAUCUCAGGAACUCAAGGUUAUAACAAGCAAGUGUUGGCGGGAAUAAUAAGCCCAACAAAGAGUAAACAAAUUGUUUAUGACUCCAAAAUGCAAAGCUAGACUUAAGAUGUCAAACAAUAAAACAAACAAACAAACAAACUAAAAAUUAACAUGAAAGUUUUUCAGCCAUAGUACAGUGUGCAUCUCUGUAUACACAGAUGUGCAUCGUGCAUGAGUUUUUUUCUUAUAGACUCAGGAGCCUGUCACAGGUCCAGAUCAGUGUUCCCAGUUGGCCACUGCAAUUAGGAGACAGACUUUAACGUACAGAGCUGUCAGGUUCGUCUGUUUUGUCCAGGCUGGGGUGAAGGCCUGACUUUUCAAGACAGGUUUGUGAUAACAGACCCAAAAGAUGGACUGAGUAAAACAAGCACUGUUCAAAAACAAAACAAGCUCUGCGGAUCCCUCGUAAGGAAUCCUGAGGUUACAAACAACACAUUUGGUGUGUCAGUGGCCAUCAGGGAAAGUUGUGCUAAGGAGGAGUCCUCCCAGGCCUCAGCACAGUGGUCAUUCUAGAAGGAAGCAAGCAAAGCAGCUGUGUGCAACCACCUGCUGCUCUUCCUUAUGCAGCCUUCGCUUGGAGCUUUAAUUUAAAUCAUGUGAUCUGUGAGUAAGCACCCAGAGUCAUCCACAUGAACAGGAACAUGAUUGUGAGUGCCCCGAGACCUGUCUAGAAAAUCAGGUACCAGUGACUGCCAAGGAUCCCUCUGCUUCCCCCAGGAACCUCUCAAAAUGAAAUAAAAUGCAGUAAGUGCCUCUGCCUCUCCUCCUUAAACCGGAAUGGCACUGCUCUGUGGGCAGUGAGAAAUCAGGCAGCUGUUUUCACUCGGUGCUUUUGGAAGCUGCUUAUUUCUUCUGGUGAUGGGAAUUAUGAGUAAGAGCUACUGGGAGCAGAGGUGGGGCAGCAGGACUGGCAUGGAAGUACCACAGCCAGCUUCACAUCACUAAACAAUUUUUUUUUUUAAAGGACAAAAUCAAGCAAGGCACUUCUGAAUCACAGAAGUGUGUGUGUGUUCCCCUAAAGUGGGCGUUGUUCCAGCUCUGCUUUAAUACAAGGCUGCCUUUUACUUGUUGCUGUUAAUAUUUUGGCAAAUUGUUUUUACUUUGGAAUGGAGAUUAUUGUCUAACAAUUUAUUCUGUGAAUUCUUCAUAGGUUUUUGAUGUUCUAUAUUGCUUUUGUGGUUGUUUUUUGUUUUGUUUUGUUUUGUUUACCAGUGUCAUGCGUCCUGCAAGCUGUUUGGUUUUCUGUUGGAAGAAUCAAUUCAUCGAGCUUUAGCGUGUCUAGGAGUUUAAUGCCUCAUUGCUCAUUUGUGUCUGGGUUCGUGCAAUCAGCAAUAUCUGCUUUUGGCAGCAAGUUACUGAAAAUAGAUUUCAAGUUUUAUUUCUCAGCUGAAGAUCUGGUGUCCAGUUCAGAGGAAAAAGAAAACAUGCUUAUUUCAAGACAAAUGUUGUGUCUGUAAAAUAAGAAAUUGAACGAUUACUUAGGAAUUAAAAUACAGUUAACAUUUUCAGAAGAAGUUAUUCUGAAAGUGCAGCCAGGAAGGAAUUCCUCUGAAUGCCGGGGAAGAUUUGUCCCUUGAAGAAUCAGGCUCUGUGUUUCAUCUGUAGCUUAUUUUUGUUUGUUUCCACCAAAAAGAUUUGUGAAACAGUCUUAAAAUCAUGUUUCAGAUAAAAUAUCUUAGUCUGAAAGAGCUGUUUACAUAAGUGUUUAGACCGACCUUGUCUUUUGAGGAAUACAUUGCAGUUUUAAUUUUUUUUUUUUAAGUUCCUUUUAGUAACUGCAUGGUAUUUGCAAGCUGUCUGUUAACAUAACACAGUUUAUUUAAAGGUCUUGCCUACUGCCAGUGUGCCAAUUAAGUGUAUCAAUUAUGACUUUUUUAAUCUUAGGAAUCCUCCCUCUGAACAGAAAUAUACAUAAAAAUGAAAUAAAAUUAAUUGCUAAAAAAAGCCCCAACUUUGCUUUUGAGUGUUAUUUGGAAUAAAAAGUAUAAAUUACA